CCGACGCCCAAUCUGCGUGUACUGAUCCUUGAAUUUCGACCCGGCUGGAACUUGUAUUCUAUUAUCGCCGAGGCAGCACCCCAACGAGCAGCGAUUGAAAUCUAGCAAUUUGGCUGUCCACACAAACCAGACCGCACACACAUGGACGCGGAGUUCUAUAUCGGCAAGCGUCUUUCUUACGAUGGCCAGCUUUGCACGGUCCGAUAUCGUGGAGAAGUCAAGGGUACCAAGGGGGAGUGGCUAGGCGUGGAAUGGGACGACCCCACCCGAGGGAAGCACUCUGGCGAAAAUGGAGGCAUCAGAUACUUCGAUUGUUUGAGCAGGUACCCCACAGCUGGCUCCUUUAUCCGCCCAACACGCAAACCAGACAUUCCACGGUCUUUCGUGGAAGCCUUGAAAGCAAAGUACGCUUCAGAUGAUGUCGAAGAUCCGGAUGUCCAUAUCGUCUUCAUCACCCAGGAAGGCGACAGUUCUAACAAGAAGAAAGAUCCAUUGGCCAGACUGAACCAGCCCAUCCGGAUUAGCGGGAAAGAGGUGGAAGAAGUGGGCUUUGAUAAGAUUCGCAAGCAGCUCGCUGAACUGAGUGAGCUGCGGAUCGUUAUUCUAGAUGGGCUGCGCAUGGCGAGGCCGCUUGCCAGAUUGAAAGAGGGACAUGAUGCUUGGGAUGAAGGCUUGACCGAUGUCAAGGAUGCUUGCCCGAAAGCUAUCGAGCUCGAUCUCAGCCGGAACUUAUUCGAGGAGUGGAGGGAAAUUGCGUCGAUUUGCGAACAGCUAGAGAAGCUGAAAAGCUUAAGAGCAGAUGGCAAUCGCUUCCGCGACACAACCCUAACCAACGCUGAAAAGGCAAGGUGCCAAAAAGCAUUCGCUAACAUCAAAUCUCUCAAACUUGAGAGCACGCUCCUAACGUGGGAAGAGCUCGCCCGUAUAACCCACCUCUUCCCCACUCUCACGAGUCUAGUCGCCUCUUCUAACCUAUACACCACCCUUUCGCCGGAGGAUAUCCCUCUGUCUAUAAUAACGGACCUCUCGCUCGAGGACAACCUCAUCUUCGCCCUGUCCUCCCUCUCCCCACUUUGCAAUCUCCCACACCUCCAGCGCCUAAUCCUCAAAUCCAACAAAAUAUCAUCAACCACCGCUUCUGGCUUAACUCCUCCUAUAUUCUCGCUCACGGUAACCGAAGUCGACCUCUCGUACAACGAAAUAACAACCUGGCCUUUCAUCGACGCCCUCGAAACUAUAUUCCCCGGUCUAACUUCCCUCCGCGUUUCCCACAACCCUCUGUACCAGAACCUCCAGACGCCCGAUGGCCGCGCUCUUACCGCAGAAGACGGAUACAUGCUCACACUAGCACGACUCGCAAACCUCAAAACACUCAACUACUCUCCUAUCACCCCCAAAGAACGGCUCAACGCAGAAUCGUACUAUCUCUCGCUCAUAGCGAAGGAAGUCAGCUUCGCUUCCGAAAACCUCGAAGCACAAAUUCUAGCCUCACAUCCGCGCUACGCAUAUCUCUGCGAAGAAUAUGGCGAGCCAGUGUUCCACCACCACGCGAACCAAAUCAACCCAAACUCGCUCGCCGCUCGCCUUAUCCGUAUCAAGUUCUACAGCGCAGGAGGGAAACAUUUCGAGACAGAGAUUCCAGUGAGCUUCACUGCGUACACGCUGCUCGGCAUGGUGAGCAAGCACUUCGACAUCAAACCCAUGAAGUGCAGAUUGAUCUGGGAAACGGGGGACUGGAUGCAUGCCCCUCGUGCCGAAGACAUCGACGAGGAAGACUGGGACUCUGAAAGCGACGUUGAAGAGGAGAAGCCUGCGCUCAAUAGCAUCAUGAGAGAAGUGGAGAUCAUCCCGGGAACCAGGUCGGUGGGAACAUGGAUCGAGGGCAUGGAAGCUACGGUUAGAAUCGAAGAAAGGUAAGACGGAGGACAGGAUAUCUAGAACACGAAGCAUCUUUCGUGGUAUCAAUUGGCAGGGUAUGAGGACCUCCUCAUUUUCUUACUAUAUGAUGCGGAUGGAUAUGUUCGACGGCAUGCCUUUAUAUGUAACAGCUAUCGGUUGACUUCAGCUUUUGCGUUGUACUCUUUCCGACUCGCCCUAUCCACCCGUGGUUCAUUAGAGAACUGCAUGCACCUUCUUGCUAGAGAGUGCCAUCUACUACGAG